UUCAAUGCUCUCUCUCUCUCUCUCUCGUUGUCUCUUGGGUUGAGUUAAUUAGUCCCCUAGCACCCUCCUCUUAGUUUUCUCCUCCAACAAAACAAAUAGUACUACAUUGAAAACCUACCCUUUCAAAGUGGUAAGACUCCUUAUACCCAACUUAUCAAUUUGAAAUCAUCACUUGCCAUGGUUCUCAAUUUAGUCCUCCCUUAGAAUCUUAGAUAAGAGAGUAAUAUAUCAUUCAAUCCAGACUGAUCUCAUUUUUAGAAACUCAGGGAAUUCAUGAGUUGUAUUCCGUCUCAGCCAAUUGUAUAUAUGGCCUGUUUUGUUGCAGUACGUCCAACUACUAGGUUACAGAGGAAGCAAGUGAAGACAGUUUUAUAACUGCUUAAUUUUGUUUGUUUCAUUUCAUAUAUACUCCUCAUGGAUUUCAUCAGAGAAAUAGAAGGCAAGAGAGUUCAUGAUCACUUGGGCGAGAAGAUGAAUAAAGGUGCAAGGUGCGUCUGGGUGCCAGGUCCAGUCAUUGUCGGUGCCGGCCCCUCCGGCCUUGCCGCAGCGGCGUGCCUCAAGGAAAGCGGAGUUCCCAGUUUGAUCCUUGAGAGAGCUAACUGCGUAGCUUCUCUGUGGCAGCUCAAAACUUACGACCGUCUUUGCCUCCAUCUCCCCAAGCAAUUCUGCGAGCUGCCGCUGAUGCCAUUUCCCACCAGUUUUCCUACUUAUCCCACUAAACAGCAAUUUGUGAGCUACGUGGAGUCUUACGCUAGCCAGUUUGAUUUACACCCAGUGUUCAACAAAACAGUAGAGAGCGCCGAGUAUGAACCCAACCAUGGGCUCUGGCGGGUGAGGACUGUGGGAUUGAAGAAGGACGACAGGACUGAGUACGUGUCUCGGUGGUUGGUGGUGGCUACCGGGGAGAAUGCGGAGGCCAUUGUUCCGGAAUUUGAAGGACUGAGCGAGUUUUCAGGGCCUAUUGUUCACACCAGCUCCUACAAGAGCGGAGACGCUUUCCACGGCAAGAGAGUGUUGGUGGUUGGAUGUGGAAAUUCAGGAAUGGAGGUCUGUCUGGACCUCUGCAACCAUAACGCUACCCCAUCUCUUGUGGUCAGAGAUUCAGUGCACGUCCUACCACGGGAGAUGCUGGGGAGAUCAACUUUUGGGCUGUCCAUGUGGUUGCUCAAGUGGCUGCCCAUACGCCUCGUCGAUCGUUUCUUGCUGCUGGUGUCGCGUCUCAUGCUCGGCGACACAUCCCGUCUCGGCCUCCACCGCCCACACCUCGGUCCCCUUGAGCUCAAGAACUCGUCUGGCAAGACACCAGUACUGGAUGCAGGGACACUUGCCAAGAUAAAAUCUGGAGAGAUCAAGGUUCGCCGGGGCAUAAAGCGACUAACAAAAGACGCAGUGGAGUUCGUUGAUGGGUGCAUCGAGGAGUUCGAUGCCAUCAUCUUGGCAACUGGUUACAAAAGCAACGUACCUUCUUGGUUAAAGGAAGGAGAUUUGUUUUCCAAGCAAGAUGGGUUGCCAAGGAGGCCAUUCCCAAAUGGGUGGAAAGGGGAGUUUGGGCUAUACGCUGUGGGGUUCACCAAACGCGGCCUACUGGGUGCAUCGAUGGAUGCCAGAAGGGUAGCACAAGAUAUCGAGCAGUGCUGGAAAGCUGAGGCCAGGCGUCAUUUCCCUGCAUUCAGUUGUUCACCACCAACAUUGCCAAAACCACACUAAGCCAAUCUCUUUACCAGCUCUAUUUCAGAAUUGAAACAUCUACAGUCUACAGAUCAAUGACCAACGACAUUAAUGGGUAUUAGAGGUUUUUGAAGUUUUAGAAGUGUAAUGGUUCUUUCAGACCAGAUGUUCCUCCAUUUCAAGAAAACAGAAGAAAAUGAAGAAUUUGUGGUUGGAUCUGAUGUUCCAAUAAUACUCAAAACGGCAAUGAAGUCUUGCUAAGGAGGAACCGCGACUGAAUGAACUGUUUAUUGUAGCCUCUUGGUGGGUGCACCCCCCCCCCCUCUACCAUCUUUGUACGUCCUGUACAUUGUCAUUCUCUAAUUAGGGUUAGGGAUGACUUUUUUAGUAUGAGACAUAGAGACAGACAGACAAAAACGAGGGAGAAAGGUUGUCUGGGUUUUGGCGUUUAUUUCAAAGAUGGUAGCAUUAGUGAUUACUGUGCUUAACCUUUACAAUCUCCAAAGGAUUUGGGGAUGAAAUUUAGAAUA